AUGACGCUAUCUCCGAGCUUAGAAAGACCACCAGACUCUCCCUCUGCUCGUCAACUUCAUCAUCGCUGUCUGAGCUCGAGGCUGACAAGGUUCUCAGCGCAUCGGCAGAAUGCAGCAUCUCUGUAUCCUUGCCAGCAGAAUCUGAGGCUGAAGAUCGCAAAAAUGACACAACAAACUGAAAAAGCAUGCACGGAGUGUAGACAGCAGAAGGCCAGAUGCGAUGCCCAUUUGAAUCCGAAUCAACCAUGUUCCAGAUGUGUGAAAGUAAAGGCAGAAUGUAUCAUUUCUGAGCCUUUUAGGAGAGAGCACAAGCGCCAACGUCGAACUGAACUAGAACGCGAGGCAGAGGAGCUGCGACGCAAGCUGACAUCCCAUGCACUUGACCCUCAGCCUUCCCCCAUAGACAUGUUGACCGCUGCAGCAGAGAUGGGAGGCCUCUCGACAAGCAAUGAGAGCGACUUGCGUCUACCUCCGCCAGUCACACUCCAUCCUCCUGUGUCUUCAUACCCCCAGCAGCUGUUGACCCCGGCAUUUCUCGAGCCGUCCUUACCCAGGAUGGAGAUGAGGCGCGAAGAUCGUCUUCCUGAUCCGACUGUCCCUCGCAGCAUGGAUAAUAUCGCACUGACUGCAGAUGAGAUUGAUGAUCUGUUUUCGAUCUUCUUCCACCACUAUGCACGAUUCCUUCCUAUCCUUGAUACCAGCACAUCUCCUAACGCGUACUGCAUGCAAUCCCCUUUUCUCUUUUGGGCCGUCAUAGGGGUCGCAUGCAGGGCAUAUCCGAGAAACCCCACCUUGCUCUCUGCUCUCUCGCGAAGCAUCCUAGAGAUGGCAUUGCUUUCUGCUACCUCCACAUCCCCGUGGCACACAAUUCAGGGAUUGCUGUUGCUUUUGACAUGGCCUUUUGCGAAGGACAGAAACCGACCCGACGUGACUUUCUCGUUGUGUGGUAUGAUGGUACACAUUGCCAUGCAGAACGGACUGCAUAUCCCAAUGUCGAGCCACGAAUUCUCGAAGGUGAAGAUUCCUGCUCCCUCUGAGGCUGACAUGAUUCGGCGAUCUGAGUUAUGGGCACAUUGCGUGAUUGUCUAUCAGAACUCCUGCAUUAUCAAAGGACAGCUAGCUCGGACACUCGUGGACAUGCAGCAAGAGUUUGGACAGAGCCAAGUCCUGUUUCAGCGAAUCGCGCCGGCAAUCGUGUUGAAGGUAAAAUGCCUAGAUCUAAUAACACGAUGCAGCGCGGCAGUAGUCGAAAACGGGGUACGCGCCAUGACCCUGGAUCAGGAGCGGUCUUUGGAUAUUAUUAUUCGUACAUACGAGAGUCAGAUUGCAGACUUGGAAUCGCAAUUCACUUCCGCGGAUGACAAGCUUUCCACAGCUCUCGGUCGCUUAAGCAUUCAAGUCUUCCAUUUCUUCAAAACACAGACCAUCUCGUCCACAGGCUGUCUCGCACGCGUCCUGACCACAGCAUGCCGCGUAAUCGACUGCAUUGAGGCGCUAGGCCAGAAGAUGAACUGCCUCACCGCCACGCCGAUCCAGAUCAACUUCGGCCUGCUGCUAGCCUCGGUCUCGCUGCUGCGCAUCCUCAAAGGGCCGGCAUCGUACAACCUGGAUCUCGACCGCGCCCGGCUGUCGUUCUUCGCGGGAAUCGGUCUCGCCAAGGAGAUGUCCGUCGAGCCGAAUGACACCGCAGCGAAGACGGUGCUCAUCCUCAACCAGCUCUGGAACAGCACCAAGGCGUUCCGCAAGUCCGAUGGCAGCGAGUACACAGCUCUGCGAAUUCGCAGCCGUCUCGUCUUGAGCCCCGUCCUCGAUGCGGUCUGGUGGUGGCGCGAUGAGUUCGACAAUCAGUACCGCGCCCUCUUUCUAUCGCCCGGAGAGACCACAGAAGGUACGGAGUUGAUUGAUAAUCUUUUCUUUGCUCCCCCCCACUCCCACCCACCCACGUUCCCCACCCAUCCAUUAGUCUUGAGCUUACCAUUUCAACUCUCGCUAGGAGUCGAAAUCCAUCGGGACAACCCCGGCGCCAUCAUCAACACCGUGGCUGGUGCCCUUGAGCGCCAGGAACCCGUUUGCUUCGAUGACCAGUUUCUCGCAGAUUUCGAAUGGGCUUUGGGUGAAGAUGCUCUCUUCCCCCCUACCGAAUCCUACAACUCCACUUGGCCAUCGAGCGGGGCUAUAGUGUGA